AUGCCGUUUCAUGAUUUUGUCAUUAGGCGUCCCACCAUCCUUAGUGGCAGGAUAUCCAAACCAUAUGUUCCACCAUCAGGACGUCAGUUCAACACUCUGCGCAUGGAAAAGUCGAACUUUCCAACCAAACCCCAAGUCAUUACUGAAGAGUCCCGCCAAAACAUACAAAUCAAGAUUGAGCCCGUAGACGACUGCGACGGAGACUACGAGCCUAGGACAGGAGUAGUGGGCUUGUCUUUCCAUGACGACCAGGGGCAGCUGCGUUCUUCAAUUUACGAAGAGAGCGACCAUGAUAAGAAACAAUCCAUUUUGCCAUCCAUCGAGCGAUCCCCAAGUCCAGAAUCUACAGACGCUCUCUCAAAGCAACAAGAGCUCUCUCCGUUUUUCAAUUUGAUCAGUGGACUAAGAGGAGGAAGUGGUAGAAGUACACCGUCAAAGAAAGUGACGCCGCGCAAGGUGACGCCGAGGAAGGUCACUCGUCAAAGCACAGGUCCGGUGGUGUCACUCGACAAUGCCGUUACUUUCCCGGCGUCUUAUAACAGCAAUAUCGAGUGGAUCAUCCCAAAGGAAGUCGAAACCGCAUAUAAAAAGCUAAAGGAUGCCAUCAAAGACUCCACAAAAUGGACUGCUUCUGAGGCCGAGCUGCACAAACUCUUGGCGCUAAGAGGCUAUCACCCGCUUCUACCGGGUCAGUGGAAACGAGACUUUUAUGGUUACAAUCUGGAUGAAGUCCUCUUUGCACCAUUAGACUGUCAAUUACCAACUGUUCUACGCAAUGUUUCUACUGGGAACGCUUCCCAGUUUAGGGCUACGAGAGCACUGACCGGAAUUUUCGCCCUGUCGUCCCGCGUUGCGGACGAGCUUAAGCUCAGUCCAGAGGGUGGUGACAAAGCAGCCAACCUCAUCGAGACUGAAAUUCGCCAGUACCUGAACUGGGCCGAAAAAGACGCCGGGCUCGAUGGCAUUGAAUAUCCAACCAAUGUUGGCGUUUAUCGAGUUUAUGAUACCGAGCGCGGCCUGGAUGCACUUGUCGCCGAAAUGGAUAGUCUCAUGCACGAGUGGACAGCCGGCUACACCGAAUGGUAUACCCAGAAAAACAUCAAAAACGUCCCGCAAACCCUCUUCGGCCUGUUCAUUCUGCAACAUCUUGUUCUAGUAUUGACAAACGACGUUAAAAAGCCAACCAAUCCAGCGCGUUGCAUGGCACAGCUUGACCUUUCACGAUCCGACAAUCGCUGGCUCGAUCAUGCUCUGAAUCUGGCAAUUCCCAUCAACAUGGCCCGAGACAUUAAACUAUUCGAGGUCGUGGGAAACUCAAAUUUUUCCCCGACUACUGCCGUGACUGGCGCUGAUCCAGAUGCUUAA